AUGGACCAAUCAACGGUGAAGGUGUACACUGUCAAUGGGCCGGCAGCAGGCUCGUCGUCGUCUCUUCCAGACUGGCUCACGAGAAAGCGCGCUGCGAAGAACAAGGGGAAGAGGGCCGUCAGGGAGCAGGUCGAAUCAACCAUUGAACUCAUACAGGGCUUCGAAUUCCCCGAGGCUAGCAUCAAGGUGAAGACGACAAGAGACGGACGCCAUGCAGUCGCGACAGGAACCUACAAACCUCAAAUAAAAGUCUGGGAUCUCGACCAGCUCUCGCAGAAGUUUGAACGGCAUUCAGAAUCAGAGAACGUGGAUUUUAUUCUGCUAUCGGACGAUUGGACCAAGUCAAUACACCUCCAGAAUGAUCGGACGGUUGAGCUUCAUACGCAAGGCGGAUUCCACUACCGUACUCGAAUACCGAAAUUCGGACGCUCCCUUGCUUACCACCUUCCGUCCUGCGACACCUACCUCUCAGCCUCGGGCAACGAGAUCUAUCGCCUCAAUUUGGAUCUCGGACGGUUCAUGAAUCCCCUUGUCUUGGCUGGCGACGAUAUUCUCGGAGUGAACGUCGUAGACAUCAAUCCAGCGCAUCAUCUUUUGGCGUUCGGUGUAGACGGUAAUGGAAGUGUGCAGUUCUGGGACCCUCGUUCUCGCUCGGAAGUAGGCAUACUCCGUUUGCCUCGUGGACGGCUUGUUUCGCCCCAAGAUAUUACCUCAGUACUGGGCGUUACUGCUAUUUCGUCUAGGUCAGAUGGCCUGUCUUACGCGAUCGGUACGUCUACCGGGCACACACUCUUGUACGACAUACGUGCCGUUCGUCCGUUUGCAGUCAAGGACCAAGGCUAUGGUUUGCCUGUACGUACCGUGUCCUGGAUCGAAGGCGGCAGUCGUAUGGCUGGCGACGGUAUGGUCCUGAGCGCGGACAAAAAGGUCAUCAAGAUAUGGGAAAAGAACGACGCCUCUGCCAAUUUCGCGUCUAUCACUCCUGCCAGUGACCUGAACCAUGUGCACCACAUUCCCGGAAGCGGUGUUCUCGUGACCACCAACGAGAGCAUUCAGAUGGGUACCUACUACAUCCCUCAAUUGGGCCCUGCGCCCAAAUGGGCGAGUUUCCUGGAAAAUAUUACGGAGGAAAUGGAGGACCAGAGCACGCGGUCCGUUUACGAAGACUUCAAGUUUGUUGAACGUAAUGAUCUCAAGAGCCUUGGUCUGGAUCAUCUUGUCGGAACUCCGGCUCUCAAGCCAUAUCUACACGGCUACUUCAUUUCGCUCAAGCUCUAUGACACUGCACGCCUCAUUGCUAAUCCAUUCGCCUAUGCCGAGCACCGCGAGAAACUUGUUCGUGAAAAAAUGGACAAGAUGGCGGAGACGAGAAUACGGGCUAAGAAAGAGCCUGGUGUGAAAGUCAAUAAAGGCUUGGCUGAGAAGAUUCUCAGAGACGAGGAGAGAGCACGGAAACGCGAAGAAAGGAAGAAGGCGAGGAAGGAGAAGAAGGCGCAGGAGGGGGCCGAAGCCGAAAGCAGCGGUAGCGAACGGGAGAUGGAUGUCGACGAGGCUGGGGGCGAGGAGCGAACAACUCUACUCAAUGAUCCUCGGUUUACGCAACUGUUUGAGGACCCUGAGUUCCAGGUCGAUGAAGAGAGUCGAGAGUUCGCUCUUCUUAACCCAUCUACGGUAGCGCGCAAGAAGAACGGCUACGCGAAGACAGCGGUCGAGGAAGAGGAGGACGAGAGCGACAAGUCUUCUUCCGACGGUCUGGGCAAUAGCGACAGUGACAGCGACAGUGAUGGCACCGGGAGCCAUGGGAGCGACAGUAGUGACGCUAAUGAAAUGGCGCCUGCCCCAUCGGGUCAGUACGGCCAACGACAUCAACGCCAAAGAAGAGUGGCAAACGUCAAAAUGGUUCCAAUGCAGGCACGGGCGGCCACUGGAUCUAGAGGCGUUGAUAAAAAUGCAACGUUUGGACAGCGUCGUUCUGGGCCAACGACGUCUAGAAAUACGCAGCGCCAUGCUCAAGGGCAUGAUGAUACAGCUGGCCCUAUGGAGAUGAGUUGGGUGCCCUCAUCAACUUCCAAGAUCAGUGACGACGACGCCCUCGUUUCCGAGGGCAGGCCCGCUAAGCAUGGCCAGAGGCGUAAGGGUGUAGAAAGCUUUGGGGCAGGGCUAGAGAAGGGCGGGCAGGAAGACGAGAGACAGGGGAAUGAAGGCGAACGAAAGGGGAGAGUGCAGCGGAGAAAGGGGGUACGGAGCGGUAGCAAAAAUGCGUUCAGAAGGCUAUAA